AUGGCACCCACAGUCAAGCGCACUGGUGAAAUGAAGGCAAAGGCAGAGUCAGGUCCUCGAAAUAGCAUCACAGUAGCCGCUGGAACUCCUGCUGGGCCGGAGAGGAGUCCGGGAAGAGAGACGGAAUCUGCCCGUAGCAGCCCGGGGGAGGUGGCGGGCCCUGAUGACGAGGGUGUCCGACCCAGCAUCCCCAUUCACACCGGCAAGGACGGAGAAAAGGACGUCAUGGAAGGUAGCAACAUCAACGGGCACACGGUUGCUCCGGCUGCGAGCCAGGAGGCGGCGGGAACAACCGCUUCGGGCCGAGACUACUAUCACGAGUACGAGUUCUCGGACCUCGACGAGAUCACGGUGCGCCAGCUGAACGAGGACAUUCUGGCUUACCGGUACGACCUCGAGUACUGCAAAUCGCAGCUGGAGGAGGCCGACCUGACGCCCCAGGAAAUGCGCACGCUGCAGCUGCGCACCCUUGACCUCGGCCACCAGCUCCGGCAUUGCAAGCACCGGAUCGAGAUCAUCAAGGCGCAGUCGCGGAAGCGGCCCUCGCGCGCCGCCCACGGCAACGCCGGCGCCGUGUCCUACUCGACCGGUAGUACCACCGGCCCCAGCGCGAGGCAGCAUCGGGCCGACAGCGGUAUGCUUCCGGCCCGGCGCGUGGCUUCAACGCCGUCUCAGGCGGCCGGCAGCUCAAAGCGCCCUGCGGCGGGGUCGGCGGACGAGGAAUCCGGGGGCGGCGUCAAGCGGGCCAAGAUGGCGUCGCCCGAUUCCGACGUGGCGGGGCCGGGCACAGAUGACGGCAGCGUAAACACGUCGCUGCAGCGCCUCGGGUUCUGGAAGUGCCGCCUCUGCUCGGCCCCCAAGUACCUGCUGGCCGGGUCCGGCCGGUCGCCGGCGGCGCCGUGCAAGUGGCCGCUCAAGGACAUCUCCAAGAUGAUCACCCACUUUACGGAAAUGCAUGGCGAGCACACGCCCAGCGAGCGAUGCGUCGAGCUUGGCGCAGCUCUCUCUCACAAUCGUGGCCCCUUCGAGUACUGGCUCCGGAGGACCCGCGCGCAAAACAUCAGCGACAGUGGCGUCAUCGACGACUGCCUUGAAACCCUGCUCGACGGCGAGAUGCCCGACCUCCUCCGGCGCCAUAGCCGGGCAGCCGCCAGCAUGCCCGUAGACUAACCGAGGUCGGUGGCCUCUUGUCUUUCUUUUCCGAGCGAUUUAAUCACUCAGGGCCCGUGUCUUUGCCCUACAUUCUGUUUCGGCCCGUUUCUAGAUUUGGUCUCGCGUUUAUCAUGCAAGGUCUGGUUCGGAUGGAUGGUGGUGUUCCUUCAAUCUUUGGGGGUGGGGGGGGAGGGAGGGAAUGGUCAAUCUACGGGGAUAUCGGGCUAGAGUUGCGGACUGGAAUCGUCGACGAGGGAAACGGUUGUCAGUGUUGCUUAGCGGCGAUGGGAUAUGGCAGAGGUACCAUACGCGUAUGGGGGUACUUUCGGGACUGGGAAGCUAGAUAUUCAAGUAAUCAUGCUAUAAAAAUUUCGAGAUCUGGAGAAUGCUCCACACUUCAUAACAACCAAGUAUUUACGC